CUCCUUAGGAUUAACGGCGCAGUUAAUACGCAUCCUCGCUUCAUUAUUGACGCGCUCGCUGGAGUAUAAUUCCUAAAGUACCCUCGUGACUUGGAAACGGACGCGGUUGUUUAUCCCUUAUUUUCUGUAAUGUGGGAGGAUAGAACGGUCAGUUAACUGAGUUGCCGGAAACUGAAGCCUAGAGGGGUCCGGAAGCAGAGCUGCCGCUCGAGGAGAAGGGUGUGAAUGCAAAUUAAGUUAAUGGUAGGGGGUUGUUUGGGGAGUAAAACGCUUCCCGGCAGGUAAAGAAAGAUGUGCUCUUUCUUCGCCAGUAUAAAUAAUUACCUUUAACCCCUCCCUUUUAACUUUAUUUACUCCACCGCAGUCCUCCUCACCUUCGAAUAAACCAUAACUCGCUUCGCUUUUCUCUCUCUCUCGCCUUGCCGUUCCUCUUGGCUUCUAAUUCUCCAUCCCUCUCUCUCUCUCUCUCUCUCUCUCUCUCUCUCUCUCUCUCUCUCUCUUCUUUCUAAACCCUAACUUUGAGCACGAAGAAAGCCGGCAAUGGAGGUACCGGAGAACUGCCACGGCGGGUUCUGCGGUGCCGGGAACCCACAGUGCGCGCCGGAGAGGAAGGCCAGCGGGGGAGGAGCAGGAGGGGACCAGUUCGUCGUCGAGGACCUGCUCGACUUCUCCAACGAGGAGGAGGAGGAGGAGGAGGAGGAGGCGGAGGCACUCGCCGGCAGCUCAACGGACUCCUCCACCGUCACCGCCGUGGACAGCUGCAGCAACUCCUCCUCGGGCCCUGAGCCGCAUCCCUCCAGCGACAUCGUCUGCCGGAGCUUCGCCGAUGCCAGCCUCUCCGGCGACCUCUGCGAACCGUACGAAGAGCUUGCGGAGCUCGAGUGGCUGUCCAAUUUUGUUGAGGAAUCCUUCUCCAGCGAAGACCUCCACAAGCUUCACCUCAUCUCCGGCGCCAAUUCCACCGCCUCCUCCACUACGGCCGCCGCUGCAUCAGGCCGCGCCGACCAGGGGGCCCCCUUGCGCGCCGAGGCGCCCGUCACCGGCAAGGCGCGGAGCAAGCGCUCCCGCGGCGCGCCCUGCAGCUGGUCCUCCCGACUGCUCGUGCUCUCCUCGUCCCCGGAGUCGGAGCUCAUCGUGCCCCCCGGCGCCGCCGCAGGCAAGAAGGCCGCGAGGAAGAAGGACCCACCCGCCGCCGCUGCCGCCGCGGCAGACGGGCGGAAGUGCCUCCACUGUCAGACCGACAAGACGCCGCAGUGGCGGACGGGGCCGAUGGGCCCCAAGACACUGUGCAACGCCUGCGGCGUCCGCUACAAGUCCGGCCGUCUCGUGCCGGAGUACCGCCCCGCGGCCAGCCCCACCUUCGUGGUCUCCAAGCACUCCAACUCCCACCGCAAAGUCCUCGAGCUCCGCCGCCAGAAGGAGCUCCGGCAACCGCAGAAGCAGCUCCUCCAGGCCGCCAGCAGCGGCGCUCUCUACGACGCACCGACGCCGGUGGCCGCCGCUAACUUCUUGAUCGACGGCCCCGAUACCCGACAUCACAUCUGAUCUUGAUGUCUCAGAAGCAACUGAUCCCACUUCCGGGUGAAAUUAAUCCUCGUAGGUGUUAAGUUGGUGGAAUUUAGGCAUCUUUUUUGGUGGAUUUUCUUUCCCUAGGAAGAACUAAAUUGUAGCACGCGCAGCGCCGCCUUUUUCUUCUGUAAGCCAAAAAAAAAAGGACUUUUUCUGAGUAAAAAUAGUCAGAAUUAACAUCAAAAGCAUUUAAUA